GCGCAAACGGCGCAAGUUGACAAUGUGAAAACAUGGUUGUCAUAAGUCAAAACUUUUUUACAAUUCAGUGUUUGUGUUGGCCUGACAUAGCUGAAAAUGCGCUGCAUGGCGGCGGUGUUACGGCUAGGCAGGACAAAGUUGCCUGGAGGUCAAUUAUGCGCAGAUAUCAGUGUUUCACUAAGCAGAAGCGCUGCCACUAGCAGCACCUUACUUCAAGAAGUAUCUGCAAAGCCCACCCACACUACUGCAUCCAGGAGCAAAUUCAGAGUAGUCGAUGGCAGAGUAGACGACGUCUCUAAGCCGUACUGGGAAACUCUCACCAAGAGCCGGUUGCUAGCUAAGCAGUGGCGCCAGCUGGUGGACAUGUGUCGGCAGGGCGGCGGUGAGAGAUCCGUCAAGAGGCACACGGAGGUCAACAAGAAGCUGCUCGUUAGGAGACGCCUGCAGCUGCUACUCGAUGACCAGCAGAGCUUCCUAGAGCUAGGCAGCAUCGCUGGAGUCGACAUGGACUAUGGGGAUGUGCCAAGCGCCGGCAUGGUCUCAGGGAUUGGGCGAGUAAGCAACACAUGGGUUAUGAUAGUCGCAAACGAUGCCACUGUCAAGGGUGGUACAGUGUAUCCAAUCACAGUGAAGAAGCAGUUGAGGAUGCAGGAGAUCGCAAAGGAGUUGAGACUGCCCUGUAUAUACCUUAUAGACAGUGGAGGUGCAUUUUUGCCCCUGCAGGCAGAUAUCUUUCCGGAGACCGGUGGCCAAACCUUCUACAAUCAGGCUGUGAUGAAUUCCAUGGAUAUCGCUCAGGUGACGAUGGUGUGUGGCAGCUGCACUGCCGGCGCUGCUUACGUUCCCACGAUGGCUACAGACACGAUCAUAGUUGAUCGCAUCGGCACGAUCUUCCUCGCCGGUCCGCCGCUCGUCCGCGCAGCUCUCGGCGAGGUCGUCACCCCAGAGGAGCUAGGUGGCGCCACGCUCCACACUGGAGUGAGUGGCUGUGCGGAUUACUUCGCGCGGGACGAGGAAGAGGGAUUCGAAAUGCUCCGGGACAGCAUCGCGUGUUUGAAUAGGGAGUCGCCGGCCGUGGAUAACCGCCACUGGGAGGAGCCACUGUAUGCCAGCGACGAGUUAGCUGCCCUCGCGCCCGACUCCAAAAACUCACCGAUUCACGUCGACAAGGUUUUGGCAAGAAUCUUGGAUGGCAGUGCAUUCCAUUCGUUCAAGGCGAAAUACAGCUCUGAGCUUGUGACAGGCUUCGGGCAUAUACAGGGCCACCUGGUGGGAAUUGUAGCUAAUAAUGGAGAGCUAACAGAGAAAGCAGCCAUGAAGGGGUCGCAUUUCGUACAGCUGUGCAGUCAGAGGGACGUGCCUCUGCUUUUCCUGCAGAACAGCAGCAGCAUGUCGGCUCAACAUCAUGCGAAACAACACCAGGGGGCGAUUCUACGUGCUCACGCAUCCAUGAUGGCCGCCGUAGCCACGUCGAAUGUUCGCAAAAUCACAGUCACGACGGGCAGUAAUCGUGGAAUGCAAAGUUUUGCCGUGUGCGGAAGAUCAUUCAGUCCAAGCUUUAUGUUCGUCUGGCCACAGUCCAAAGUCUCCAUGAUGGAUGACAGCAGUCUACAGGGCAAGUUACUGCAGGACCAACCUGAGCUGCUAGAAGAGAUGGAUGCGCAGUCGUCUGCCUUCUAUGCAGCGAGUCGCAUGUGGAAUGAUGGCGUGAUUCUACCUCAGGACACUCGCAAGGUGGUUGCGCAUUGUCUGGAUAUCUUUGCGUCGCAGAAACGACUGCACAGCGAGGACAACAUGAACUAUCCCGUCUAUAGAUUAUAGAUGAUACAGCAGACAGGGUGUAUAACCAUGGAGGCAGCAGAUGAGAGGGAGAGUGAUUCACAAGAGGGGUGCAGGUUGCAGAUAGAUGUGGGUUGAUUAUAGCUGUUAAGAUUUAUUGUCCCAUUUGUUUCCUAUUCUUGCUAAAUAAAUAUGAAUGCUAAUAUUAAUUUAUGACAAUUUUAUAAAAAUGUAUAAUUUUGAUAAAAAUACAUGAAUGAUUUCUUAUAAAGCAAUGAUUUCUUACAUAAUUAAGCAAUGAAGUUUUUAAUGCUCUUGUAGCUAAUAUAAUCGUCUAUGUACAUUAGUGACACCAAGUAAAAUAAACUGAAUGUCAUUUGCUAAA